UGAAAGAAUUAAGGUCUCUUGAAGGGAUAAAGGUGUCUUCAAAUAAGGUGGACACUUGCAUGAAAAACAUGGGAAUUGAUCUCAAGGAAAAAGAAAUCGAGGACUUGAAGGACCACCUACCAGUUGAUGAUGAUGGGAAGAUUGAUUUAAAUGUGUUGAUGGAUGAAGUUAAAAAUGUUACAGGAGAGAAGAUUCAUACUGAGGACCUGAAAAAUGUUCUGAAAAGUAUGGGAAUAGAGAUCACAAAUAAGGAACAUAAAAAGCUGCUGAAAACUCUGCCAGUUUCUGCUGAUAAAAAGGUGUUUGAGAAAGAGUUACUGGAGGGUGUGAAAUCUUUCAAAGGAGGAAAGGUUAGUGUCAGUGACCUAAGAAAUGUUCUACAAAUCACUGGGUUCAGACUCGAAGCAAAUGAAAUCCAGGACCUGCAGACCCACCUACCAGUUACUGAAGAUGAAAAGGUUGACUUGGAUGUGUUGAUGGAUGCAGCAAAUGCUUUUACAGGAGAAAAGAUUGAAGCCAGUGACUUAAAAAAUGUGCUAGGAAACAUGGGAAUCAAGCUCACUGAAAAAGAACAGUUGAUGCUGUCAAAAACUCUGCCAGUCUCUAGAGAUGGAAAGGUGUAUAAGAAAAGAUUACUAAAUAGUGUGAAGACUUUCAAAGGGAAAAAAGUCAGUGUCAAUAACCUAGACACCCUCACAAAGAACAUGGGAAUUCAGCUUGAGAAAGAAGAUUACGAGGAUUUACUGAACCAUCUGCCAGUUGAUGAGAAUGAAAUGGUUGAUUUGAAUGUGGUGAUGGAUGAUGCAAAAGCUUUUACAGGAGAGAAGGUUGAUGUCAGUAAUCUGGACAAUGUGCUGAGGAAAAUGGGGCUAGUACUCACUGAUGAGGAGAAUAAGGAGCUGCUGAAAAUUCUGCCAAUUCACACCGAUGGAAAAGUAUACAAGAAUAGAUUGCUAAAAGGUGUGAAGGCCCUCAAAGGACCAAAGGUCAAAAUCAAAAAAGUGGAAACCCUUAUGGAAAACAUGGGAAUUAGACUCAAGGAUGAGGAACUUGAGGAACUAAUGACCCAACUGUCAAUUGAUGGUGAUAGAACAGUUGGUCUGAACGAUUUGAUGGAUGCUGUCAGUUACAUCAAGGGAGAGGUAAUUGAUAUCCAGGACUUAGACAACUUUCUAGCAAGUGAAGGGUUUGAUCUCACAAAAGAAGAAAUGAAGGAGCUGAUACCUCAUUUGACAUUUAAUGGAAAUGGGAAGGUUCAAGUGCAUUCGAUAAUGGAGGGCCUGAGGAAGUUUCAACCAAAUGGAAUGGUACCUCUACAUAAGUUGAUGAAAACUACAAAUGAUACUAAAGACAGAGUUACUGGCCAAAUGGCAGAUUCUGACAUUAAAUCAAAACUUAAGCUGAAUCCUCUAACAAAAGUACCUGACUCCCAUGGCAAAAGGGAUAAAGAUUUAUCAGGCUCUCUCCCAUGCCAAUUACAGCACAAAGAAAAGAAGUUGAACACUUCACAAAUGCAAGCCUUCCAAGUUGCCUACAACUUUUUUAACAAGGAUAAAACUGGCUGUAUUGAUUUACAUGGAAUGAUGUGUACUUUAGCUAAGUUGGGAAUGAAUCUAACCAAGCAUGAUGUCUAUAAUGAAUUAAGAUGUGCUGAUAUUGAUCGAGAUGGGAAGGUGAAUUUCUCAGACUUUAUAAAGGUGCUAACAGAUAAGAACCGCUUCCUUAAGGCUGUGGUUCCAGAAAAGGAGACCUGUUUAGAUUUAGCUGGCAACCCAGGAAUCCUGUUGUUUGAAAUCCUAUCAAAGCUUGUAGAGAUUUCAGCCUUACCCAGAAAGGCUAUAACGGAAAUCGUAAGCUAUUUCCGAAGAAAAUUCCAGGAAAACACCUCAGGAAUAUUAUGGAAUCCCUAUGUUAUGGGUUAUGGAAAAAGGAGAUUUAAGCCAGACAUAUGCACACCUCCAAGCUCAAGCACGGCUGCCUUUGCUAAUGCUGCCCGGAUGGCAAUAAUGAAAGAAAAGGAUUUAUUUAAAUUUCUUGAAGAUCUCAAGAGAUGCAAUCCUCCUUCAGACAGCCCAUAUUCAAAAAUACCCAUCUUUCCAUUUUUUCCUAAUGUGGAUGGGGUAGUGAUGGGAAAGCCAUUCAAAGACAUACAGAAAUUAGAAAUGCUAAGGAGAAAGGAGCCUCUGAAUUUCUUUGAGAACUAUUUUUUCCAUAAAAGAGACUGGAAAACACAGGCGGCAAAUAUAAAGCCUAUCAACCCUAACUCAGGCUAUCCAACUGACAUCCUUGCCAUUGACCAAAUACUCAAGAAAAAGCAGAAUUGGACAGUGACUGAUGCAGCUGCUAUUAAACAGCACGUAAAAAGAGCUACAGACACCUAUAAUUUAGGGAUUGCCCUUGAGAACCGGAAAGAGAUGCUAAACCUAUGGCAGAAGAUCCGAGGGGAUUUGAUUGGGAUAGACACUAAAAAUGAGUCCUUUUAUGACACCUUUUCUACUUAUACAUGGUCCUGGAAUGUUUGCCAAGAAUUACUUUCCCCGAAAGACUUAAGGUUAUUUGAUGCCUACAUGAAUAGAAACUCCUUCCACAACUCUAUAUUCUCUUCCUCUUCGGAUAUCAGUGAAUGUGACACAGAGACAGGAAGAAAAAGAAAACGGAAAAGUUUCAAAGGAUUUCGACAAUGAAAUUUCUACAUUUUCUAAACAGCUCCUUACAAACUACUUUUUCAUAGAUAUCAAAAUUAUUCUUGCUUUUGUCUAAUACAUUCUUAGCAGCUGGAAAUAUCAACAUCUUUUGAAUCCUGACCAGUAAAAAAGUAUGAGUCACAAUAUGGUUUCUCUUUCCUAAUUCUUACUAGUAAAUAGAUGCCACUCUGUUAUUUCCCUAGCAACCAGCUGCACUCUGCUGCCCCCACCUGGCUCAGAACUGCCUGGGCCUCAGCAGGAAGGAGAAAAGCAAAGCUGGCACUACUUCAAUUCAGGGCCACCCUUCUGAGCUCUUAACAGCCCUCCCAGCAAUAAGCAUCUGAGUUUAUGUGACUGUAAGUGGCACUAUGUUUUUGAUUGUGAAAGAGGCCAGAGGCAGGGGAUGACAGUGACCUUUCAGUUUCAGGGAAUAAUGUAUCACCAUCCCUCGGGGAACCUUGAUUAAAUCUGGGUGUUCCUAAGGCUCCUUAGCCACACAUCUUCAGACCGAUCUCUUGGAUUUACUCUUAAAAAUAGCUGAUCUCAUCCAUUACACUGGUUGUUGUUCUUUAAUGCAUUUAAUAAAGAAGCACAUGUGUAACUAUAUUACAAGUUUGGGAGGGGUUGUAAUUUGUUUAUUGUGGAAAAAUAUAUA